GACUGUGACUAAAUUCACCGGCAGCAAAGCAUUUUGGGUCAGUGCGGUGACAGCCGCCAUGAUUUUACUGUAGCGGACCAGAAAAUGGAUGCUUGCUGCUAUAUUUGAAUGGGUAUCUGUGUACACUAGGAGGUUUUUCACAGCACUUUCAACUACCCAUCUUGGAGAAACCCCUUAAAGGACACAUACUUUCAUGUCGGUUUCCUGUAAGGACGAGCUGACUCUAAACUUGUAUGAGCAGGCAGUCGCUCUAAGUACAGCCAGGUUAGCUAGAGGCUAGCUGGCUAAUGCUAGCAGUAACCUGUGGGUUGCCAACAUUAGCUAGCUAAAAAGGCUAGCACGAUAAUAAUAGCCGACUGAUCUUUAAAAUAAAUACACUGUCUCUUGCUCAGCUGAAGGACAGACGUUGAAGUCGGACCAAAGGCUACACCUAAAGUUACAGGGAUGGCCUGGAUUUGAUUUGGACGGUGCUGGUGAUGGCAGAAGGGACUGACACUGGCGAAAUGCACUCCUUUGACCCAAAUCCUUGUCCUGAAGCAAAAAAGAGACCUACUUCUUGUGAUGGCAGAGGUGAGCCCAUGAGGAAAAUGCCUAUGCCAAAAUUUGGUUCCAGACCUCGAUUUGAGCCUGUACACUUUGUCAGUGGUGGAAGCAGUGGAGGAGCUGGUGCUGAUGAGAAAGAGAAUGAUAAGGAGCGCAGGAGGAGUGAGUCAUACAGUGUGAGACAGUGGGACUCUGAACAGUCUUCUUACAGCAGCAGAGCACAGGGCUUCUCCUUCCUGAGGCCUGCACCCUAUAGUUCUGACUUUUGGGGUUCCCAUAGAGAUCGAGACCGUGAUGGAGAGAUUUCUUCAGGCAGUACAAGUAUCUUAGGUUAUGGAGGACAUGGAUCUAUUUCAAACUUCAUGACAAAAACAGAGCAGGACUACACAGCCAAGUAUGAAGCCCACACCUCUCGAAAUUCAGACUUCUAUACUCAGAUCCACAGGUACAAUGGAUAUGGGGGAGGAAGCAGAUCAGGAGGCUGGGAUUCAGGACAUCGGGGUUUGGGGUACAGUCAUCAGGACCGGACUUCAUCAAGUAGGCCAUUUAGCAGAGUCUACAACAGCCCAGGCAGAAACAGUCCUACCACAUCUCAGUCGGGCUCUUCGUCGCAUCCUCUUCCUAUAUUGCCAUCAGCAUUGGAUGAGAAGCAAAGGCUGAUUGCCAGUGUAGCAUCUGCAUUGGCUGUUGCUUUUAGGGACCCUAUGUUCAUGACUGGAAGUGACUCGCCAAACUAUAAUUUCAUGUUGAGCCGCAGCAUUCAAGCCUGCAAGACCAACCCUGAGUAUAUUUAUGUCAACCUGAAGGAUAUUCCUCAGGCUGACCUGCCGAAGAACAGGAAAGUACCAACAGAUGGUUAUGCCUGUGAACUGAGAUGUCAGGGUGUGUAUCUUGCCACUGGAUACUCCGGCAGUAAAAAUGGAGCGAGGGACAGAGCCUCUGAGCAGGCUGUAAAACUUUUCCUGAAACCAGUUGAGGUGCGUGUUGUGCAACGCAAACACAAACACUCAAUAGUCAAUGACAUGGUUGUUUGCCAAAUGCACAGCUCAACCCCAGCCUUUUUACCUGCACUUCGUAACCCAGAGGAUAAACCAACACCCAGCUCUAAGGGCCAGUAUGAGCCUGACAAGCGAAAGCACUGGACAGAAUUUGUGGUUGUGGACAAUGCUCAUGAUGCCAUCUGCAUACUCAAUAAUUCUGCGGCUUUUAACCGUAUGAAGAUAGACUAUAAAUUUGACCUUCUCCCUAAUAACAAUACUUGGCUGUGCAGUGUUUAUCUGCAGGAUGAGCUGGUGGCACAGGCAACAGGCAGUAAAAAGAGCUCAAAGCAUGCAGCGGCUGAAGCAGCAGUGAGGAAACUUCGCACGAACCAGGCACAACGACAACAUCAGCAACAACAGCAGCUAAAGCAAGAACAACAAUCGGAAUACAUUAGAGGAAAUAAUCGAUUGGAUUCUGGUGGACGUUUUGGGCAACAGGGUGUCAAAAAGAAGCAUCUAAGUGAGCUGGUUAUCCUGGAAAACUCAGACAAUGCCAUUUGCAUAAUUAAUGACACAGCUCAGUUUAAUAAAGUGACUGCUGAUUACAAGUUCACUGUUCUGCCUGAUCAUCGGUGGAAGUGUGAGGUGUACUUGGAAGGACAGUAUGUAGCAGCCGGAAUCGGGCCCAAGAAAUCAGUGAAGCACAUUGCUGCAGAGGAGGCUCUGGCCACCUUGAGACAGACGCAGGCUGUGGUCAAAUCCAACCUAAGGAAGGAGGGUCACAGUGACGCCAUAUCCCGAUCCCAGAUCCUGGCUCGCUCUGGGGAGGAGGCCACAAAACAGGAAAUAAAAGAAGAUAACAUAGGAAAUCAGCUGCUCCGCAAGAUGGGCUGGAAGGGUGGUGGUCUGGGUAGAGAUGGUGAAGGUAUCGCAGAACCAAUCAGAGUGAAGGAGCAGUUCUCCAGAGAAGGGCUAGGUAUGGACACAGACAAAACCGGAAACCAGCUCAGCAAGCGUGAUAUCGAGGACAUCAUCCGUAACUACGCCACCUCAGAUCGUCAGGAUGAUCUUCGCUUCUCCACUGAACUCACCAAUGAUGAACGCAAACAGAUCCACCAGAUAUCGCAGAAAUAUGGCCUACGAAGCAAGUCGUACGGUCAGGGACGGCAGCGGUUCCUUGUUGUUAGUCGCAAAGUGCACAAAGACCAGCUCAUUGGGCAGCUUUUACAGGAAGGACAGGUGGGACGAUAUGAGCUUGUGAAACCUCAGGCCUCUCACUAAUUUGCAUGCAAAGCAAAAUGGAUGAAAAAGACAAAAAUUAGCACUGACUUGGACUUCAGAGCAAAUCACACUCAAGUGUAACUACUGUUUGUAUACUUGUGUGUGACAAAUGUUAAUAAAUGAGAAUCUUUCAGGUAUCACCUGUGGUUUCUGCAUUCCUUGGCCAUGAAACAUACUUUAGCUUUAGCAGGGGAUUUAGAAGUAAUUUAAUUUUUCUUCUGCCAUUCCACGUUCUAUAUUUGUUUCACUUUUGCACAAGCUUGUGUUCAGUGCUUUUUGUGUAUUGUGUCUUUAUGAUGCUCCAGUUAUUUCCUAAAAUUAAAAAAAAAUGACCUUACAAGGCUUUUGUCACCAAAAUCUGUUUUUUGUUUUGUGGCUGUUUAAGGAACCUGGCAGAAUAUGCAGCUUUUCACCGCUUGUUUGUGAGCAUUGUAGACAGUCAACUCACGAAAGACUAGGAAUAAACAGGCAUUAACAUCAGACUAGUUAGGCGCUCAUUCCAGUUUUACUGUAGUGAUACAUCUCUGUUCAGCACUACCUGUAGUGUUGCUUGCUCUUUCACCAUGUGGAGAUCAUUCUACAAGUAUGUGAUCAGAAAACCUUCACAUGUACGCUGUAGGCUGUGAUCCUUGUUAUGUGUCUGAUGUGUUGGUUUGUGAGUACAGUUGUCUGCUUGUGUUCACAGCUGUAAUAACUGAAUAAAUUAAACCUGAGUAAAA